AUGAUGGAAGACUCAGCGAGUUCCGGGCGUAGUAAUAGUACCUCAACGGUAAAUCAACCGCUUCUAGGGGAACAAGCUACGCCUCCCGCUCUUCCGGGAGCUCGGACUCCACCCUACACCCCCUACCCAUAUGGCCCGGAGGAAGUGAUAGGAGGGGAUUCGGUCCGCUCUAUAGAGGGCCGCCUCCUGUCGGGCAAAACAGUGCCUUCGUCGCUAGAUAUAUAUCUAGCCCGGAUCAACGCCGAUGACCUAUUCGAGGUCAAGGUGGAUAUCAUCCGGGAGAUGGCGGGCAUGCAACCAAGUGGUGAUUGGCUGGGGCGGGGGGCUCGAGCCCUCGAUAAUCCGAGGGGGAAGGAGUCCUUGGGGGAGUUCCUUCAAAUGCGUAGAGACCUACAGUCUAGGAAUUUUAAAUCCGAGACCUUCGGCCUAUUAAAGGAGAAGGUUUUCCUUAGGGAUACACCCCCCUCAGAAGGCUCUUCCGCAUAG